UCUAAGCUUUCAAUAAAUUUAUUAACAUUCAACCAAGUUUUUCUUACAUUUCUCUCACCUCCUAAUACUCGGCCCGAGUCGUCCUCCUUUACAACCCACUUCGACGAUCAUGGGCGGCUGUGCUAGCAAACCUAAGGACUUGGACGUCAACGAGCUUGUGCCCGCUGAGGCUCCUGCUGCUGAUAAGCCUGAGGCCGAGCCUGUUGCACAGGAAAAUAAUGGAGGUGAAGAGACAAAAACAGAAGAGCCCUUGGUAGAUAUCCCUGUAACCACAGAAGAAGCUAAAGAGUCCUCAGAAUCAACGCCAUCAGAAGAGCCUACAGAGGUAGCAGAAACCAAGGCCGAGGAGAAGGUGGAGGCUGAAGAAAAGACCGAGGCUAAGGCCGAGGCUGAAGAAAAAACCGAGGCUAAGGCUGAGGAAAAAACCGAGGCCAAAGCUGAGGAAAAGAUCGAGGCCAAAGCUGAGGAAAAGACGGAGGCUGGGGUAAUUCCUGCAGCUGAGGUAGCUGUCGCCUCUGAGACAGAGAAGGCCCCUGAACCAGUAGAAGAAGCUAAGGUUGUUGAGGCUCAAACCUCACAAGACAAAAGUGAUGCACCUCUUGUUACAAUGUAACAUUAGCUAUAUUUAAUUACAUUGUACUUUAAGUGCACAGAUUUUAAGAUACCUGAGUGAAAAUUCUUUUUUGUAAUUGGUACAGCAUGUAGUGAGUGUUUGCAUCAAAUCCCAAAUAAAAAUAUUUUUUUUCCAAA